UCAUCGCUUUGGUCAUGUUUCCUCCACACGGGAUAAUGUCCACGCUUUUCUUCGUUAUUACCAUGACCUCGGUGAUGUUUGGGUCAUCUGAGGGAAUCGUUUCCUCGGAUAUUUGCCCAGGAAGGCCGAAUUUUGUGAAAUCAUCACCAUUCUACACAAAUGUUGAAAUCUACCGAUCGAUCGGUCCAGGCCAAAAUUGCACCUGGGUGAUCGAACGUGAUGGCUGUGACAGCGGUGGUAUCGAAGUGGAGAUACGAAGAUGGGAUAGCAUGCGGGACGGCGAUGUAGUUUAUGUUUACGAUGGGCCAUCAUCAAUGUACCCUCCUAUUUUGGAAUACGGCCAGCGAUACAACCAGGCCCGUUUUGAACCCAAGAGGUCGUCUGGAAGAUUUCUAACAAUAGUCUUCCUUUUCAAGUAUGAUCACUACAACAGGAGACAUUUCAAACUACGUUACCGUAAUACACCCAAAGAUUUGUCACCGUCCCUGUCGGGAUAUAAGGGACCAGAGAACACAGUAUCGGAUACGUGCGGGGAGGAGAUAUUGUUGGCCCACCAAAAACCGAACGCCAUUACAUCGCCCGGAUACCCACGGGAGUACGGCAAUUCACUGGACUGUAAGUGGACCGUGACGUCCGAUAAACCCUGUAACGAUGACGUCAUACAAGUUACUAUUCACACGCUGUCACUAGAAGAGACGUACGAUCACCUUGUCAUCUACGAUGGUGACACAGAACGGCACCCUGUGUUGAACAAAUUGUCAGGGACUGCAGAACCACAAGUCAUCGUGGCGUCCGGAACCUCUAUUGUUAUUGAGUUUAAGACGGACGACACAGCAUCCGGGCGAGGCUUUUAUCUGUCUUACAUCCGGGGAAAAGCGACACCAUUACUCUCAGAAUCAGUCGUCGUUAAAAGGACGGAACACACUGUCGAGAUGUCUGUGGAUUUCAUAUCGAGUACCCCACAUCGCGCGGUGUAUUGGAGCAAAAAUGAUGUCAUCAUUCAACAGGACGAUAAACACACAUUCACCGUGACCCCGGCAAAGGUCAGUGUUGAGUCGGAACCUGGGGUCAAAGUGGAUGGGUUCACAGCCUCGCUCCUGAUUGAUGGAACAGAAUCACGUGACGCUGGCAUGUACAAAAUGGCCGUGGCUAACGAGCACGGCAUUAGUGAGCGUACACUUUACGUCAAGAGAGGACAUUCGGUAACGAUGUUACCACAUUAUGAAGCGUUUCCCAGGAAUGCUACAAUCACGGUGACCUUUUCUUCGGAUCCAGAUUUUAAGAUUGAAUGGUACAAGAAACAACGAUUCCUUACCCCCGGCAGUGAUGUUCGUGUCACGACAGAACUGGUAGGAGAGGGAGAGGACGGCAAUGCUAUUUAUAGGUCCGUGCUGUAUCCCGAGUCCCCGAAACAAAUCCACUACGGGGACUACAAGUUUAUCAUCAGGAAAGACAUUGGAACAGUGGAGACACACAUUCUCAUGGAUUUUCCCGAGACAGAACUACCCAAGUUGUUAGUUACACCAUCCCCAGUAGAGAUGAGGAAUCGAAGCCUGAUUCUUACGGUGAACUUUGACUCCAAUAUCGCGUAUCCAACGGUAAGUUGGUACCACGGUGAUGUUCCGCUGAGGACUUCAGACAGAUACCACCUCGAAUUGAGAUGGAAGGGGAUUUCCUCGGACUUGGUCGCACAUGGAUAUCCAUCUGUCCUACCGUCAACGCCGUUCAAACUUGUUACAAGUAGUAAUUCAAGUUACAGCUAUAUGUACCCGUCCAUCGGCGGGGAUAGAUCGUCGACCCAGCCUAACGCUAACUAUACAGCUGUGUUGACUAUAUCAGAUGUAAAACCAGCGGACUUUGGAAUCUACCGUGUUAUAUUGGAGAAUGACGCCGGAGCCACACACCACGUGAUCGAAGUGACAGCCCCGGAAGUUUUUCCUUACGUCACAUGUGAUCAGGCGGACACCAUCCAACUUGCGUGCAACGUCACUUCCUGUUCUGGAGUUACUCUAUCCUGGAUCCAUUCUGUUGACGAUGACGUCGUCAGAAAUCUGUCAGGUCACCAAGAUGGGUCAAUCAACACACUCACUAUCCCUGUGUGCAUGCACUCGGACGCAGGCAUAUACACGUGCGUUGCUGAAGAAGGAACCGGAAGUGAUGUAACAAUUCAACAUAACAUGGCCAUAGUCACGGUUAAAGCUGUACCAGUGAUUCUUGAAACAACUGUGAACAUCACAAGCGACCGUUUGCAUAUUGAACUACCGUUCUACUCAUACCCCCCUCAUCACCGAGUCACGUGGCACAGAAACGGUGGCCAGAUCAGUCCAUCUCAUAGAAUCACCAUAGGGACCGAACAACAUGACGUGAACCUACCAAUGCAUGGAAAGACAUGUAGACAGGUUGGUCAUGUGACUUCAGUAGAAGUGCCCGCGCCAGUAGACGAAGAUUUUGGGACAUAUAAGAUAACGAUCUCAAAUAAAAUGGGAACCUCCGAGCACAUCAUCGAAGUUCAAAAUCCAAAAUACAUCAAUCCUGUAGCGUCUAGUGACGUCAACGUUUCCUAUGAUGGCGGUUCUGCUGUACUCAGAGUGACGUUCACAACAUACUACCCAGAAUUCAAUGUGAAGUGGUACUUCAAGGGCGAGGAGAUUCGAGAAAACCACCGUGUCAACAAAUACGAAAUCCAGACUGAUAACUCAACUCAUUCCCUCAGUCCGAUUCCAGCCGUCCCUAAUUCCUUCGGGGUCCCUGUUACAGUGGUUCGGAGAAAACUCUGGAAAUCCUCCGUCCUGACUGUCACGUGUGUAUCAGAGAAGGAUUAUGGGAAGUAUGACGUCCUGGUUUCAAACAAGGCGGGAAAAGCUGUGAUUCCGGUGAAGUUGACAAAACACGGUCAAGGUGUUCCUGCCAUGGUCGGAGAUAUUGUAACCACCGUCAUCAAUUCCACGAGAGAGAUAUCUGCUAAAUUUCAUUCCGUGCCAAGAUAUCGGCUCAUCAAAUGGUUCAAGGAUGAUAGGGAGAUUACCAAUGAUACAUCGAAAUAUGUCAUCGUAAACAAGGACGUCGACAUUGAGAUCUCGUCUAGUGAAGAGUCGAUGAAGGAAACUGGAACCAUAACGAGGCUGCGCGUGACAUCACCUGAGGAGGACGACUACGGUCUCUACAGGGUACAGAUAUAUAACGACGUAGGAAUGAUUGACGGAUCAGCGACACUUGAUGAAGAUUGCAAGUGAGGUGAAGACACAUUGUGACAUUGAUCCUAAUUUCACGGAUUUGUCUACUGUAAUGGAAUCCUUGGCGUUCACUUUGAAAUAUGAACACUUAAAAUAGCAUAAUAUAUCUCAUACAUUACCGAUAUAAUGUUACAGAUAAGCAUUAUUUUGAAAUGUAACCAAAUUCAUUAUUAGACAUUGAGCUUUCCUGCUCACUAUAUUACACUGUCCGUAAGGCAGUGUAAAAAUGUUAAAGGUGCUUCAUUGUCGACAGACAUAGACUGAUUAUCAUUGGCGCCUAUCAAUUUAUAUCUGAUAUCAACACUAACAAAUACAGACGUUAUACCAGGGUCUAGUAAUGGUCGCUUAUCAAACCGGAAGUUGUACACUAAAUAUAGAGACGGAACACGAUAGAUUUGUUGAAAUUAUGGAGGACGUCAAUAACUUGUAACAUUUGUUAUUGCAUUGUUAUUCACAUAUGUCACGUGACGUGCACGUUGAUAUGUCACCAACAGAUAUCUCGUGACUCGUGAUAUUUUACGAUACUUUCCUGAAUGAGACUAGCGUGUAUUCUGUAUACAUGGUAAACAGAAAAUGAUUACUGAUGGUUUGUGUAUUUCUAUCUAGAAGUAUCUAGUAAUCCCAAUAGUCAAUGUAAAGUCUCCUUUAGGAACUGCCUGUACGAUACAUGUUUAAAUGUAAGUAUUUUGUAUAAUAAAUAUUAAGUUUGUGUAUUUCUAUUUAGAAGUGUCAAGUAGUUCCAAUAUAAACAUUGUUCAAUGUUGCGACUCGUUUAGGAUUUCCCCGCGCGAUUCAGUUUUAAAUGUGUAUUUUUAAAAUAAAUAUCAAGCAUCAUGA